CCCAUGUGGCGCCGUCGUCAGGGAAACGCGGCGCCGGAAAGCAGAACUACAACUCCCGUCCAUCCUUGCGCUCCGGUCCACAAGAUGGUGGCGCGCAAGAAGAAAGCCGGAGCGUGCGGCCAUGAGGGGAGUAUACCGAGCCCACCGGGUUAUUCAGCUAUUCCAGUCAAGUUCUCAGAAAAGCAGCAGGCUUCGCAUUACCUCUAUGUGAGACAGCACAGAGUUCGCCAAGACGCCCAGUCCACGUGGCCUCCCAAUAGGACCCUUUUUGUCCUCAAUGUGCCCCCGUACUGUACAGAGGAGUGCCUGUCUCGACUCCUGUCCUCCUGUGGCACCAUCAAGACAGUCGAGUUGCAGGAAAAGCCUGACCUUGCUGAGAGCCCUAAGGAGCCAAAGUCGAAGUUUUUUCACCCCAAGACCAUCCUGGGCUUUCGGGUAGCUUAUGUGGUAUUCCAGAAGCCAAGUGGAGUGUCGGCUGCCUUGAAUCUGAAGGGUCCAUUGCUGGUUUCUACGGAGAGCCAUCCUGUGAAGAGCGGGAUUCAUAAGUGGAUCAGUGACUAUGAAGAUUCAGUGUUCGACCCUGAGGCCCUGAGAAUGGAAGUAGACGCAUUCAUGGAGGCCUAUGACAGGAAGAUAGCUGAGGAGGAGACCAAGGCCAAGGAGGAGGAAGGUGUUCCUGAUGAGGAGGGCUGGGUGAAGGUGACCCGCAGGGGCCGCAGGCCUGUGCUCCCUCGAACAGAAGCGGCCAGCCUGCGUGUUCUGGAGAGGGAGAAGAGGAAGCGUGCCCGCAAGGAGCUGCUCAACUUCUAUGCCUGGCAGCACCGAGAGACCAAGAUGGAACAUCUAGCACAGCUGCGCAAGAAGUUUGAGGAGGACAAGCAGAGGAUUGAACUAAUGCGUGCCCAACGCAAAUUCCGGCCCUACUGAGCUGUUUUGUCUCUGGAGAGCAGGCUUUGAGAACACAACUACCAGCAGGACUUCUCCCUAGGGACUGUGCUUUGGGAAGCAGAUUGCAGGCCAAGGAACUGCCUCUGUGUCCCCAGCUCUGUCCCUGUACCCACAGGCUGAGAUGCAGGCCAUAGCAGGACGUGGCCUUCAGAGAGCUGGCCCUUCCUCCUCCAGCCUGUAAAGACACACCUGGGAAAGCUGACUGAGCAUCUGCUCCCACACUUUGCCCUCUAUAAAGCCCCUCCCCGAAACAGAGCCAUUUGGAAUGCAGUGAAGAUGGGAGAGGAUUUAUUGCCACACUGAGUGGUACCAGGACCAGCUCCAGGGACCCCUCCCCAGUCCUGGCCGUGAUUGUCACCAGCUCACCUGUCCCCUUCUUGAAGUCAGAUAUUAAAGAUCAGAAACAUUUACCCCUGCCCCAAGCUCUGACACAGGAUUCUCUGCUGCCUCUCUUGGUCUUCGAGCCCAGUGAGACCCACCCACCUUUGUGUGGGCUGAGGGGGCUGGAGAGAAAGUGUGACCAAGCUCCAAGGCCAGAGCUACAGCAUCAAAGCUGUCCUGGGUUGGCUCUGGAGGAAGGAGCUGACAAGUCCAGCCACAAGGUGGUGGUCAUUCAUGUGGAUGUAGUGAUUGCCUGGGACUUCCACAUACUGGAACCGCUGUUGAAAGGGGCAGGAGAUGAGAUGCUGCCCAUUCAGCAGACUCUCCCAUAGAUGACUGCCUCCAAGUGGGUCAGGGACAACCUCUGUUCCCAGCAGCCUGGGGACAUGGAGGCCCUUCCAGGAAUGUAGGCAUCUGAGCUGUGACUACAGUGCUGAACAGAGGAGUCACAGUCAGGGUCUCUGGCAGUUUUGAUGGAGAUGAAGCAUUGUCAUCGCCAUGAAAGCCAGGGUUCAGGACAGCUCCCACUGCAGAAGGCCCUGAAUAGGUGACCCCCUUCCUGGUAGCAUGCCCGGGCUGUGUGCAAAGGACACAGGCCCAGGUGAUUUAAGUGGAUGAUGACUACACACACCUCUAAUUCCAGGACUGGCCUCCCCUUCCCCAUGGCCAUCACACUUGCUAAUGUGCUGGUUCCAGGAUGAGUGAAGGCAAGUGCAGGGCUGCCUGUAAGAGGUGGGCCCCACAGAAGGCCUGGCAGGGGUCAGGUGAUGACAAUAAAACUGAGGAUCUGCCAACCAAA